CUGAGCCCUGCUGCUGCUGCUGCUGCUUCCGUGUCACGGAAAGUUUCCCCCCCACCGCCGGACGGUCCAUCGCUGCCAGCAACAAACUCUGACCUACAAUGCGUGCGAUUCCCGAGGAGCUAACGACCCUUAUUUCAGAACUAGAACAUUUCCUCAAUGAGGGGUUAAAAGGAGAAACUUUAAGCAAGAAAGCAAAAGAGAAGAGGGAGGCCUUCAUCAAACGGAUCAAAGAGGUCAAAUUGGGGUUUCCACAUGAUUUCAAGGACAAAAUAGGUGGAGAUGACUCAGAGGAGGAGGAGGACGUUGACAGCAACAACGAUGGAGGGUCGCUGCAGUCCGAGCGCACAGACAAGGAUGAGGACACUUGCGAAGGUGCCCAGCAGUCCCCACCUGUGGCAGCUCAGGACCUGGUGUCUGUCUUCAAAGCAGGAUACCUUGAGAAACGCAGGAAGGAUCACAGCUUCUUUGGCACUGAGUGGCAGAAGAGAUGGUGUGCUCUGAGCCAUCAUACCUUCUACUAUUAUGGCAGUGAGAAAGACAAGCAGCAGAAGGGCGAGUUCAGUAUCGAUGGGUACACUGUCAAAAUGAACAACACCUUACGGAAAGACUCAAAGAAAGACUGUUGCUUUGAGAUUUCGGCUCCAGACAAGCGAGUCUAUCAGUUUUGUGCGUCAUCCGUGAAAGAGGCGGAGGAAUGGGUGAAACAGAUAGACUUUGUUUUGAGAGAUAUGACAGGAAUUAUCCCAGAAGAAGACGACGAGGAGCAGGAAAUGUACGAUGAUGUUGGAGCGAUCACUGAUACAGCUGGGCCAAUUGAUGAAGACAUCUACGAAGAGCUCCCAGAGGAUGAUGUGCCCACUCCAGCAAAGGCUCCUCCAAAGAUGAACACAUCCAGUAAACCAGCUCCUCCUGCUGCAGUUGAUAAGAGCACAGACUACCAGAACUACUACCAGGGCUUAUGGGACUGUAUAGCAGACCACCCAGAUGAGCUGUCCUUCAAACGUGGAGAUGCCAUCUACAUCCUGAGCAAGGAGUACCAGAGCUUUGGCUGGUGGGUUGGAGAGAAGAACGGAAAUAUAGGAAUUGUCCCCAAAGACUACCUGAUGGAGCUUUACGCUUAAAAAUACCCCCCAUGAUCAUUCCCUCCCACAUCCACUAUAAGAGGCUGAUGAUUGGAUAGAUUAUCAUAUGACUGAAGUACAUGUUUAGGAGUGGCUUUCUAGUUUGCACUGCUUGUUUAUAUUUAUUUUCUAUACAAGUUACAUUUUUUUCCACAUCAGCAUUUCAUCCUCUGCUUUUGGCAAAUUUGGUAUUUGAAAUGGCACAAUAAAUAAGAACUUAAACUAUC